AUGCAGUACAUGGCGAUUCAUCACCAAUUCACUUCAUUAGUCCCUAUUUGCAGUAGUAGUUUUGGUAGACUUAUUGCUACAAAAACAUCUACUAUUACUACUAUUACUUCAAGAUCAAGUACUUGUUACCCUAUCAAAUGUACUGUGGUCAAUAGCCCAAGAAGAUCAGCCAACUACGAACCCCCCAUUUGGUCUUUUGAUUACAUUCAAUCUCUUACAACCCAAUAUAAGGGAGAACCCUAUACGAGUCAACUGAAUAAGCUAGAGGGCGAUGUGAAAAGGAUCCUAGUUGAGACGGAAAACUCUCUAGCUCAACUUGAGUUGAUUGAUUUAAUGCAAAGGCUUGGAAUAUCUUACCAUUUUGAGAAUGAAAUAAACACUAUUCUGAAGAAAAAGUACACCAGUAUUAACAAUGAUCAUAUCAACGAUCCCAAUUAUAAUUUAUACGCCAUUGCUCUCGAAUUUAGGCUUCUACGCCAACAUGGAUAUGCAGUAGCUCAAGAAAUUUUCAGUGCUUUUAAGGACGAGACAGGAAAGUUCAAUAAGGCAAGAAUAAAUGAUAAUAUUAUGGGAGUAUUGGCCUUAUACGAAGCUUCAUUCUAUGAGAAAAAAGAUGAAAGUAUUUUGGAGGAAGCAAGGAUUUUCACAACCGAGUGUCUCAAAAACUACGUGGUGGUGAUGGAACAAAACAAAUUGUCAGAAGAUAAUAUCAUAUUAAUUAGCCAUGCCUUGGAGAUUCCACUUCAUUGGAGAACCACAAGGAUGGAGGCUAGGUGGUUUAUUGAUGUAUACGAGAAAAGAGAAGGCAAGAAUUCUACUUUGCUUGAGUUUGCCAAACUUGAUUUCAACAUGGUACAAUCAACACAUCAGGAAGAUCUAAAACAUCUGUCCAGGUGGUGGAAGCAUACUAAACUUGGAGAGAAAUUGAAUUUCGCUAGAGACAGAUUGAUGGAGUGUUUCUUAUGGAAGUUGGGAGUAACAUUCGAGGCAGAAUUCAGCUACUACAGGAGAAUUUCUGCAAGAUUAUAUGUUCUCAUAACAGUAAUUGAUGAUAUAUAUGAUGUUUAUGGAACAUUGGAGGAACUAGAGCUUUUCAGCAAUGCUGUUGAGAGAUGGGACGUGAAAGCCAUAAAAAGGCUACCAGAUUACAUGAAGAUGCUUUUCUUUGUUUUAUUUAAUACCAUAAAUGAGAUGACGUUUGAUGUGUUAGGAGAGAACAAUAAUUUCGUCACCAUCGAAUACCUCAAGAAUUCGUGGGCAGAGUUGUGUAGAAGUUAUUUACAAGAGGCAAAAUGGUUCUAUAGUGGAUACAAACCAACGUUGCAAGAAUAUAUUGAGAAUUCCUGGAUUUCAAUAGGAACACCACUUAUUCUCUUGCAUGCUUAUUUGGCUUUUACAAAUCCCAUCACGAAAGAGGCUUUGGAAUGCUUGGAAGAGGGUUAUCCCACCAUAAUUCGCCAAGCAGCUAUGAUUUUACGAUUUGCAGAUGAUCUAGCAACCUUAUCGAAUGAAUUGAAAAGAGGUGAUGUUCCUAAAUCAAUUCAGUGUUACAUGCAUGAUACUGGUGCUUCUGAAGAUCAAGCUCGCGACCACAUCAAGCUUUUGAUAAGUAAAACAUGGAAGGAGAUGAAUCAUCAAAAUGAAUAUAAUUCUCAUUUCUCAAAAAUAUUUCUUCAGAUUUGCAAAAGUCUUACUAGAACGUCUCUAUUUAUCUAUCAGUAUGGAGAUGGACAUGCUUCUCAGGAUAAUUUAUCAAAAAAACGUGUUUUAGAAUUGAUUGAUAAUCCUAUUCUUAUGUAA